AUGUUUAUUUUACAUAAAUUAUGAAAAUAAACUUAUAGCAAACAAGUACAAAACUUGUUUUUCCUUUCCCAUCAGCAGAAACACCUGCUGACAUGACAGCGGCCACUCCGCUGGACGCACUGUCCACAAGUCAUGUACUGAGGCAGUGUGAGCAGGCGAAAGAUGGGACCUUGUGGGAGGUUAUCCAGCCUGGCGCACAAUCGGGGAGAGCACAGUCCCAAAAUGUGCUCACCGAGUCUGCAGGACCCACGGCUCACGCGAAGCGCAACGUUGAGGACGCCGUUAGCACAUUCUUGUGUUUGGAUGACAGGAGGAUGCUGCACCACAUACGGGACUGCACUGUUGCAGAAGCCCGCAGUGUUGAGGAGAGGUGGGAUCUCUCCGUGGCUGAACUAAAGGCCUCCAUUUCUCUGCUGUACUUGAGGGGGGCGUACAGCAAAAACCUUGAAAUGGAGAGCCUGUGGUCCGAGGAUUGGGGCUUGCCAUUCUUCAGGACCACAAUGCCAAGGAGCCGCUUCAGAGAGAUCAUGAGAUAUCUCCGCUUUGAUAAAAAGAGUGACAGGUGUGCACGUCUGUGCACUGACAAAUUUGCCCUAUUUUCUGAUGUAUGGAGUGGCUUUAUAGAUAAUUGUAUUGCCUGCUAUAAGCCUGGAGCCUACAUCACAGUGGACGAGCAGCUGUUCCCCACCAAAGCACGGUGCCGCUUUAUCCAGUACAUGGCCAACAAACCCAACAAAUUCGGCAUCAAAUUCUGGUUAGCAGCAGAUGUGGACACUAAAUAUCUUUUGAACGGGUUCCCUUAUCUGGGGAAAGAUGAAGCACGGCCGGCACACCAACGCCUGGGAGAGAGCGUGGUGCUGAGGCUGCUGGAGCCCUAUCAGCAGCGAGAGGAGCUGUUCUCUACAAAGGUGCUGAAGCACGACCAUGCCACCCUCACGGUGUACCAGGGCAAGCCCAGGAAGAACGUUGCCCUCCUCAGCACUAUGCACCCAUCUGUGACCACUGGGGGUGACAAGUAG